AUGGCCAUGCACUUCUACUUUAAUCGCUACAUAAAGAAGCACAAGACCCUUGGUGGUCAACUACAGCAGUUUGUCAACGACGUCAUUCGUGUCUAUCCUGGACCACGAGAGUUAGGACUAGAGGGACUUACACUGAAUGAGAUAAAUCUUCCGACGCCCGAAAGUGAGGGCAUCGAACAUCACGUGCCCGUUCCCCGAACCCCGAAGGGACGCAAGCGAACACUUGAUAGUGAAACCGAAGAUGAAAUCGAAGAUAUGGAUGAUCCUGAUUGGGGACCCGGUGAUUUUUAA